AUGUCACCUGCGGAGAUGAAUUUAGAUCCUCACGUACUUUUGUCUUUACUUUAUUAUACUGGUAAUAUGAGAGUACCACUCGAAUAUUAUAAUUUAACUACAUUGAAGGUCAUUCUAUACGAUAUUUAUUGGAGGAAAUACGACAUCCCUAAUCUAAAUUUUCUCGAAAUAAAAGAUAUACACAGUUCUAACAGUAUUUUCUUUUGUUACCUUAAUUUAAAUUUUUAUCUCCAUCCCAAACAGUUACAAGCAGUAGAACAAUCUGAUAAGGUUAACCGAGAACACUUGCACGGCCAUUUCUUGUCUACGGAAAGUAUGAAGGAAAAUACGUUACUAGACAGAGCACUGUUAAUCCUGUAA